UCAUACAAGCCUACGAAUGUUUUACAUUUCAUCAAUAUUUUUCUUAUUUAUUGUUUCUUCUUCAUACGCCAUAGAUGUUGAGCUAAAUUUUAACACUAACGUGAACUUAAGUGUGUUGAAUUUUCCUUUUAAUUAAAUAUGCUUUCUUUCAUAAUUUGUUAUCAAAAAAUGUUAUUACUGCAUAUUUGAAUAUUUGAUUUUAAAAAUUAAAAUAGGAUAGAGUUUAUGAGAUGGGGAGUAACAAACAAGAAGUUCAAGAGGUCAAUUCUUGCAGAAGAAGAAAGGAGUGUUGCUGUUCAGAAGUAAAAUUCCCAGGGCAGCCAUGGAAAAUAGGUCGCCGGAGAAGACGAGGCUCAACAAGAUGCUUCGAUUCCGCUAUCAUUCUUGCUGCAACGAUCUUGGCGAAAUCGUAUAGUUCUUCGUUCGAAUCAUCGAGGGAAACCAUAUACUCGGACAUAUCACAUGGCUCCUCCAUGUUCGCCGGUUUCUGGGCAGCAAUCGCGACCUCGAACCCUAACCCUAACUUUUAUUCCGGGUCUACCGAACGAUUUGGCGGCUUUGAUUUUGUUGUUCGUCCCUUACUCCCAUCAUUCGCGCUUGAGAUCUGUAUCCAAGUCCUGGAGACUGCUGUUCUCAUCCAGAACCAUCAUCUCUCUGCGCCGGAAGCUUCUCUCGCCUCCCAGACUCUCCCAUUUGCUGUGUAUAUUCCCGGAAGAUCCUUCAAUUACAUCUCCGUGUCUGUUCGAUCCCCGGAAUCUCUCCUGGUGCUUGCUACCCCCCAUGCCGUGUAACCCUCAUGUCUAUGGUCUCUGCAAUUUCACAUCGAUAGCUGUUGGGCCCCACUUGUAUAUCCUCGGCGGGUCUCUUUUCGAUACGCGGACAUUCCCACUGGAUGUCCCGUCCCCGUCAUCCUCUGCAUUUCGGUUCGACUUUUCUGCUUCGUUGUGGGAGUCUCUGUCCCCCAUGAUCACACCCAGGGGCAGCUUCGCAUGUGCUGCAAUCCCUAAUUCUGACAAGAUUCUGGUUGCUGGGGGUGGUUCAAGGCACAACGUGUUUGGGGCUGCUGGAAGUAGCUUGAGCUCUGUGGAGAUGUACGAUAUCGGAAAGGAUGAGUGGGUCCCGUUGGAUGGGUUGCCGGGGUUCCGUGCAGGAUGCGUGGGAUUCUUUGUAGGCCAAGGGGAGGAAGAUCGAGAGUUCUGGGUGAUGGGUGGGUAUGGGAAUUCAAGAACGAUAUCGAAUGUCCUCCCCGUGGAUCAGUACUACAAGGACGCUGUGGUGAUGGAAUUGAAGAAUGGCGGGAAGUGGAAGGAGAUUGGGGAUAUGUGGGAAGAAGGAGAGAGGGGCAGGCUUGGGAAGAUUGUUGUUGUUGAGGGUGACGACUUCGAUGCUCCUGCUGUUUUUAUGCUGGAAGAAAGUAACAUUUUCAGGUACCAGAGGAGCCCGAACCGGUGGUUGAAAGAAACCAGUUUACCCAAGAAAACCGCCGAUGACAAAUCAGUUGGGUUUGUUGGUUUGGACGGCGAGCUAUAUGUGAUGACCUUUCUGAGUGGGACCAGUGCAGCUCAGUCCCAUACUUCAAGGCAGCAUAAGAGCCCAUCACCCAUAUUGACACAAAUUUAUCAUCCAAAGAAGAAGUCUUGGAGAUUAUUCACUUCGAAACCGCCCUUUAACCAUUCGCUGGAUUUCAGCACUGCCAUUCUGUGUUCGAUUCAUCUCUAGACGCAAAUCUGGAUUCCGUUACAAUGCUCUGGUACGACUAUGGUGUAUAUGUUGCUUGGACUAUAUAGUUCUCAUUUUUUGCGAUGUUGUGCCUCGUACGUGUUUGUGUAUGUACAAUUAUACAUACUCUAGUGCAUAUAUCUUGAUGACAAUAAUGGAAAAGAAAGUGUUUUCUUAGUGAAUAUUUAGUGGAUAAAUUCAUUUGGGGGGG